AUGCCUUCAGAUACGAUUUGGUCUAGUGCUAGUACAUCGCCUAUCCAGUCUACACCACUGUUGUCUACCCAUUCAUACAACAAGAACGCUUUUAAAUCGGUAUUGGACCAAGUUGACCCUGAUGUUGCCCGUUUUUUAUCAAACUCAAAUCCAUUAGACCCCUUGUCUAAUGACAGAAGGUUCUCAUUCAAUGAUGGUAGUGAUAUCGACGACGAUUUUUUUGGAUUAAAGAGAGGCGCAUUGUCAGCAAUUACAGCACCAGUAGGAGGAGCAUCCCAUAACCAUAACCAUAACCAUAACCAUCACCAUCACCAUCACCACAAUAAUUCAAACACAUCCCCUGUUAACGGUAACCGAAUUAACUUUGGUACGGCUUCAAUUAGUGGUGGAAUUGCAAGCAGGCAUCCACCUCUGGAAAGUUUCUUACAGAAAUUUUCCAAUGUUGCUGACGCAACGAGAGAAAUUGAGUUGGGAAAGUUGUCGUUGGACGGAUCAAGAAGAACCAGUUUUAAUAACAACGAUAGGUAUGGUUCAGGUUCGCUUAAUGAAAACUUAAAUAUGCCGGUACCCCGUACGUCAAGGCACCAAUCAAUCAGUGAGAAGAUUGACAAUUAUAACAAUAAUUCACCAAUUCAAGGCAAUGUGUCAAUUAAUGGCGACAUAGCACCAGCAGAGUUGAAUAAUGCCACGGCAACAUCGUCACAUGUUCCACAAACUUUUUGGAAUCCUGCUGCUGCUGCUUCUUUUACUCCUAAUAAUCCAAACUUUAUGGAAAAUGGUGUUCCAACUCCACCCCCAGCCCCAUUUCAAAACUCAUUUUAUCGUCCUCAACAACAGCAACAACAACAAGAUGGCAAUGCCACUUCUCCUCCUCCACCAAUGUUUCCCCCAUUUAUGAUUCCUUCACCACCACCUCAAAUGAUGGAUCCAAUGUUCAGUAUGAUGUACGGAAACUUUCCCAUGCCAUUUCCUCCACCAAUGCCACCACAGGUGAGUGAUGAAAAGGAGAACGAGAAGGGUGAUUCAACCGAGUCUAGUGAAGCAAAGAAGAGUCAAGGACCUAUUGGAGUUGGCCUUAUGAAUAGACAAUUCUCACCAGCAGCAUUCAUGCUCCCGUUCAAUCCAUAUAUGUACCAACAAGCACCACCCAAUAUGCCCGACGGAUUGAGAAUGGCGUCGCCUCCUCCUGGGCCACCACCACCACCACCAAACCAUUCAUCGUCCUCGUCUGCUCAACUGGCUCCACCACAGUCAAAGAAUCAUCAUCAGCAUCUUGCAACUGGAGGAGGAGCAACGCCUCCUACAGUACCACCAUCGUCUUCAUCAGGAACAACGUCGUCAAAGAAAAAGUCCCAUAAGAAGCCAUUUAUUUACCGUUCACCAUUGCUUGAAGAGGUUCGUGCGAAUCAAAAAGAAUAUUCGCUCAAGGAUAUCUUUGGCCAUGGUGUUGAAUUCACCAAGGACCAGCAUGGAUCUCGAUUCAUACAAACGAAAUUACCUCAAGCUAGCGAUGAAGAAAAGGAGGUGAUUUUUAAAGAAAUUUGUGAUAUUUCGUUUGAUUUGAUGACUGAUGUAUUUGGUAAUUAUGUCAUGCAAAAGUAUUUUGAAUUUGGUUCAUCGGAACAAAAACAAAUAUUGUUGCAAAAAAUGUUGGGACAUAUCUAUGAACUUUCUUUACAGACAUAUGGAUGCCGAGUGGUUCAACGGGCAUUGGAGUCGUUGCAAGAACCUGACCAGUUAAAGAUUAUUUGUGAAUUAAAAGAAAAAGUUCUCGUUUGUGCCACUGAUCAGAAUUCCAAUCAUGUGAUUCAAAAGAGUAUCGAACUUAUUGACUUUGACAAAGUACGAUUCAUUAUGGAUGUAUUGCAAACUCACUUUUAUCACCUUUGCACUGAUCAAUAUGGGUGCCGUGUUGUUCAACGAUUGAUUCAUUUUGGCAACAACAAUGAUAAGCAAAACAUUUACAAUGAGAUUAAAGACCAUGUUAGUUUUCUCAUCACUCACAAGUUUGGCAACUAUGUCAUACAAGCAUGUUUGGAAAACUCGCUUCGUGCUAAUGAUAUAUUCACCACUGUUGCGGGAAAAUUCACCCAUUUUGCCACCAACAAGUAUGCGCUGAAUGUAUGUGAAAGAUUAGUUGAUCUUGCCACUCAGUCGCAAAUCCAGCAAAUUUUGGAAGUGGUGAUGCAGGGCAAUGAAUUGGAACGAAUUACAGGUGAUGAGUACGGGAACUAUGUCGUGCAAAAGAUUGUAUCUGUACUUGAUGGUAGUAGUGCCGAAAAGAAGCAAUUGGUGGUUAAAUUGCAACAAUUGUUGGCUAGGAAUAAUAGUGGUAAAAAGAGUGUGGAGAAGAUCUUGUCCUUGUGUAUGGACAAUAGUGACGUGUAA